AGCUUCGCACGUGCUCGGCGUAGGGGCUCCUGCGAGGUCCUAGUCCCUCCCUGGGAGCUCAGAGCGGAACGGAGGCUGUAGCCAACUGCUGCUUGAAGGGAACCCUGGCUGAGUCCAGGGAGGAGGAGCCAGAGGCGGGGCGAUUGGAAGCAGCCACCUCAGCGGAGCUGCAGGAUUUCCGCAGGGCGGGAGCUGGUUAUCUCCCGGAAGAAAACGGCUCGUGUCACAGAAGUCUCGUGAUUGCUCUGGGAGCUUUGCUUAACCACUUGGAACUACAGAAGAAAGAAGGAUCUAGCGAAAUAUGGCUGCAGAGAGCUCUGCUAUGCGUCGGGUCCAGGUGGCAGAACAUCCCAGGUUACUGAAGCUAAAGGAGAUGUUUAACUCCAAGUUUGGAUCUAUUCCCAAGUUUUAUGUUCGAGCACCAGGAAGAGUCAACAUAAUAGGAGAGCAUAUAGAUUACUGUGGAUAUUCUGUUCUUCCUAUGGCUAUAGAACAAGAUGUGCUAAUAGCUGUAGAACCUGUGAAAACAUAUACUCUCCAACUGGCCAAUACAAAUCCCUUGUAUCCGGACUUCAGCACUAGUGCUAAUAACAUUCAGAUUGAUAAAACCAAGCCUUUGUGGCACAACUAUUUCUUAUGUGGACUUAAAGGAAUUCAGGAACACUUUGGUCUUAGUAACCUGACUGGAAUGAACUGCCUGGUAGAUGGAAAUAUCCCACCAAGUUCUGGCCUCUCCAGCUCCAGUGCUUUGGUCUGUUGUGCUGGCUUGGUGACGCUCACAGUGCUAGGAAGGAAUCUAUCCAAGGUGGAACUUGCAGAAAUCUGUGCCAAGAGUGAGCGUUACAUUGGUACUGAAGGAGGAGGCAUGGACCAGUCUAUAUCAUUUCUUGCAGAAGAAGGAACUGCCAAGUUGAUAGAAUUUAGUCCUCUGAGGGCAACUGAUGUAAAACUCCCAAGUGGAGCAGUGUUUGUGAUUGCCAACAGUUGUGUGGAGAUGAAUAAGGCAGCAACUUCUCAGUACAAUAUCAGGGUGAUGGAGUGUCGGCUGGCUGCGAAGCUCCUGGCUAAAUACAAAAACUUGCAAUGGGACAACAUACUGCGGCUGGACGAGGUGCAGGCUAAACUAGGGAUUAGUCUAGAAGAAAUGUUGUUGGUCACAGAAGAUGCCCUUCAUCCUGAACCCUAUAACCCUGAGGAGAUCUGUAGGUGUCUGGGAAUUAGCCUGGAGGAACUCCGAACCCAAAUCCUGAGUCCAAACACUCAAGAUGUGCUUAUCUUCAAACUCUAUCAGCGGGCAAAGCAUGUGUACAGCGAGGCUGCGCGAGUGCUCCAGUUUAAGAAGAUAUGUGAAGAAGCACCUGAAAACAUGGUCCAGCUGCUGGGAGAGUUGAUGAACCAGAGCCACAUGAGCUGCCGGGACAUGUAUGAGUGCAGCUGCCCUGAGCUGGACCAGCUGGUGGACAUCUGUCGGAAGUUGGGGGCUCAAGGGUCACGACUUACUGGAGCAGGAUGGGGAGGCUGCGCAGUAUCAAUAGUACCUGCGGACAAGCUGCCCGGCUUCCUAGCCAAUGUGCACAAAGCUUAUUACCAGAGGAGUGAUGGGAGCUUAGCACCAGAGAAGCAGAGUUUGUUUGCUACCAAACCUGGAGGCGGGGCUUUGGUUUUCCUUGAGGCCUGAAAAAAUGUAAAAAAUCUCAGAGAAACUAUUUAGGACACUUAGGAAUUGGCAGGACUUUGUAUGCCACAGUAAAUUAAUCUUCUUUCUGUUUUGUAUUAUGGUGAAUGGUUGCUAUUAUAUCAAGAUAUAUUUUCAAAGAAAUGAUUGAAAGUUCUCUAUGCUUCAUAAUGAUUAUUUUUCCAUCUUAAAAUAUGGUUUUACUAUUAAGAGUCAAGAUCAUGCUUGGACAGAUCUUUUAAGAAUAAUUUACUGAGAUUUAUUCAUUUGAAGAUUUUAAAGAUGAAUGGUAAAACACAUUCUUAAUACUGAUUACAUGAAUUGGACUUGAAUUAAAUAUAUUGUUAAAAUUAAACUGAUACCAUUGAAUUGUACGCAUUAUUCUUUGAAUUGUACGCAUUAUUCUUAAAUAGAGUUCAUUUCCGGUU